GCGAUCCCCCGUGUAAGAGUGAGAUGGAGGAGGACAUUCCAGUCCAUGUGACCACAGAAAAUUGCAGUAAAAAGUCUGAAAGAAGUUUUAUAUUAUCUCUACAUUAUAAAGAAGAAGAUGAAGAUAUCCUGCAGCACUCUUUGAGAGAAAACCUCAUUACCUGUAACGUACGUCCAGGACUUCACACUACAGAUCUAUCAUAUAAUCCUCCUAAUCAUGAGGAACCUUCUCCUGACCAAUCACAGAUUGUUAUCAUAAGUACCGAGCAGAAAGGGGGUAAAAGGUUUCAUUGUGGUGAAUGUGGAAAGCAGUUUACAAAAAGCUGUAAACUUUCUACACACAGAAGAAUUCAUACGGGAGAGAAGCCAUAUUCAUGUUCAGAAUGUGGGAAAUGUUUUAUUCAGAAGUCACAUCUACUUAAACACCAGCGAAGUCACACAGGAGAGAAGUCAUAUUCAUGUUCAGAAUGUGGGAAAUAUUUCAUGCAUAAAUCAGAUCUUGCUACACAUGAGAGAAUUCAUACAGGAGAGAAACCGUAUUCAUGUUCAGAAUGUGGGAAAUGUUUUUCUGCUAAAACCAAAUAUAGGGAUCAUCAGAGAAGUCACACAGGAGAGAAGCCGUAUUCAUGUUCAUUAUGUGGGAAAUGCUUUACAAAUAAGUCAAAUCUUGUUAGACAUGAGAGAAGUCACACUGGAGAGAAACCAUUUUCAUGUUCACUAUGUGGGAAGUGUUAUAUUACUAAAGCUACACUUGAGAAUCAUCAGAGAGUUCACACAGGAGAGAAGCCGUAUUCGUGUUCAGUAUGUGGGAAAUGUUUUAUCAAUAAAUCAAAUCUUGCUACACAUCAGAGAAUUCACAUAGGAAAUAAGCCACAUUCCUGUUCACUCUGUGGGAAAUGUUUUUUUACCAGAGCUAAACUUGCCUCUCAUCAGCGAAGUCACACAGGAGAGAAGCCGUAUUCAUGUCCAGUAUGCGGGAAAUGUUUUACACAUAAAUCAAAUCUUGUUAGACACGAGAAAAGUCACACAGAGGAGAAUCCAUUUUGAUGUUUUAUCACUCAAACAGUUUUACAAGGAGAUGCAGUUCUGAAACUCAUCAGAGAAUUCACAAUGAGAUGAAACCAUAUUCUUGUUUGGAAUUUGAGAAAUGCUAGGGAAGAGAAAAAUAAAAUGUGUAGCCCAUCAGGUUAUUCAUAGACAUUUACCAGCCAAUGGUUUCCAUUUUUUGGGUGGAAAUAGCCUGGAUCCUCCCAAACACCCAAAAAUUUUUUACUUGAGAACAGAAUCUAUGGAGGAAAAGUAUGAUGGAUAUGAUGAAGAAAGCCUUUUUACUGUCAGAGCAGUCACUCUGAAUUGUCCCCAUGAACCUUGUUUCUUCUUACUGUAUUCAUACCUCCAUCCACACUGCACCCCAGAGUGACAUAGUGGAAUACGGACACCCAUGUAAAUUUUUGUGGCCAUAAUCAAUAUUUUAUCCUCAGCCAUACGGUAUAUAAAUAUAAAAUUGAUGGAACUGAGAAAAAAAAAAAUAAUACAAUAAAUGACUGAAUACACAAUUUGUUAAAAUAA